UAGAGAGAAAGAAAAACAGAGACAAAGAAAGGAAGAGAAGGAAAAAAAUGUUAUGUCAGUGACCAAAGACACUAAUUCUCCUGAUAAACAAACAGGCUUAGGGUUAGCAUCACCAGCUCAUCCUGCUUUGCCUGGAUCAAUGGUAGUCAUAUCACAGAAACUCCCACAUUCUCAUUUAUGUAAGACUUCAGUCCAGGCAAAUCAAGCUGAAUGUCACCCAUAAACUGAUAUUUUCUUAGUCCUGGUAUACUGCUUCUCCUCCUACACACCUGCUUUGGUUCUGAUCUGCCACAUGGAAAACAAUAUGCCAAACAUCCUUUUCCCAGGUGUCCUUGAUACACCUGGGAGACACAGGUAGAGUAGAUUGUCCAGAGAGAGAUGCCUGUUAGUCUUGAGUCAGGCUUUUGUGGGUGAACAGACUUGGACCCAGGCAUGGAUUCAGUUCAUCACUGUGAACAUAUCAGCCUCUCCCUACAGACACUUCCCAAUCUACACAGAGCCAAAAGAACAGGCUGGGCAUGGAGAACUUCCUGACCUUCCGAGGCCAGCAGGAACAAUCACAUGACCAGAGGGUGACCAGAGCAGAAACGAUGCUCAUGGUGUGACCACCUUCCUUUUAUCUGAAAAACGUUUCCCUGAGUUAUUUUCAAUUAAGAAACAGAUUAAACGCUUACUUUUAGAAGAUUCUUAACACUCAGGAAACAACUUCCUCCUUUAUAAUUCACCAGUGGCUGUAGAAAACAAUGUAAACAACAACAAGGAAAAGUCCAGCUCAUUGGUCCACACUUUGGAGGCCAGGUGUAUAAAAGGUCCAGAUUUGAAGGACUCAUCAGAUUCUGGGAAAUUCACCUGUGAACAGCAGCCCACCCUCCACCCCAACACCAUGACCCACUGCUGCUCCCCUUGCUGCCAGCCCUCCUGCUGCAGGACCACCUGCUGCAGGACCACCUGCUGGCAACCUACCUGUGAGACCACCUGCUGCAGCACACCCUCCUGCCAGCCCAGCUGCCAGCCCAGCUGCUGUGAGUCCAGCUGCUGCCAGCCUAGCUGCCGCCCAACUUGCUGUCCAACCACCUGCUGCAGGACCACCUGCUGGAAACCUAGCUCUGUGACCACCUGCUGCAGCACACCCUGCUGCCAGCCCAGCUGCUGUGUGUCCAGCUGCUGCCAGCCUUGCUGCCGCCCCACUUGCUGCAGCACACCCUGCUGCCAGCCCAGCUGCUGUGCACCCGUGUACUGCACCAGGACCUGCUACCACCCCACCUCCGUCUGCCUGCCUGGUUGCCUCACGCAGAGCUGCGGAUCCAGCUGCUGCCAGCCUUCCUGUUGCUGA